GGUCUGCUAAGGCGUGUGACCGUGGUCCUAAGGACCCUGGAGAGCUGGGAACCAUGGCCAAGAUGGAGGUGAAGACGUCCCUGCUGGACAACAUGAUCGGGGUCGGCGACAUGGUGCUCUUGGAGCCCCUCACGGAGGAGACCUUCAUCAACAACCUCAAGAAGCGCUUUGACCACAACGAAAUCUACACAUACAUUGGGAGUGUGGUCAUCUCCGUUAACCCGUACCGGUCACUGCCUAUCUAUUCACCGGAGAAAGUGGAAGAUUACAGGAACAGAAACUUCUAUGAGCUCAGCCCUCACAUCUUUGCCCUGUCGGACGAAGCCUACCGGUCCCUGCGAGAUCAAGACAAGGACCAGUGCAUCCUCAUCACCGGGGAGAGCGGGGCCGGGAAGACAGAGGCCAGCAAACUUGUCAUGUCCUACGUGGCGGCCGUGUGUGGGAAAGGGGCGGAAGUCAACCAAGUCAAGGAGCAGCUUUUACAGUCCAACCCGGUGCUGGAAGCUUUUGGAAAUGCCAAGACGGUCAGGAAUGACAACUCCUCGCGAUUUGGCAAAUAUAUGGAUAUUGAAUUCGACUUUAAAGGCGACCCCCUGGGAGGAGUGAUUAGUAACUACCUUCUGGAGAAGUCGCGUGUGGUGAAGCAGCCGCGGGGCGAGAGGAACUUCCACGUCUUCUACCAGCUGCUCUCCGGCGCCUCCGAGGAGCUCCUGGAGAAACUGAAACUCGAGCGGGAUUUCAGCCGAUACAACUACUUGAGCCUGGACUCCGCCAGAGUUAAUGGCGUGGAUGAUGCGGCCAACUUCAGAACCGUUAGGAAUGCCAUGCAGAUCGUGGGCUUCAUGGACCAUGAGGCCGAGGCCGUCCUGGAGGUGGUGGCCGCGGUGCUGAAACUGGGCAACAUCGAGUUCAAGCCCGAGUCGCGAGUGAACGGCUUAGACGAAAGCAAAAUCAAGGAUAAGAACGAGCUGAAGGAGAUCUGCGAGCUGACGGCCAUCGACCAGUCGGUCCUGGAGCGCGCCUUCAGCUUCCGCACGGUGGAGGCCAAGCAGGAGAAGGUGUCCACCACGCUGAACGUGGCGCAGGCGUAUUAUGCCCGGGACGCUCUGGCCAAAAACCUCUACAGCAGGCUGUUCUCGUGGCUGGUGAAUCGCAUCAACGAGAGCAUCAAGGCACAGACCAAAGUGAGGAAGAAGGUCAUGGGCGUUUUGGAUAUUUACGGCUUUGAAAUUUUUGAGGAUGCAGACAACAGCUUUGAGCAGUUCAUCAUCAAUUAUUGUAAUGAGAAGCUGCAGCAAAUCUUCAUCGAACUCACUCUUAAAGAAGAGCAGGAGGAGUACAUACGGGAGGACAUAGAAUGGACUCACAUCGACUACUUCAACAACGCCAUCAUCUGUGACCUGAUAGAAAAUAACACGAACGGGAUCCUGGCCAUGCUGGACGAGGAGUGCCUGCGGCCCGGCACCGUCACGGACGACACCUUCCUGGAGAAGCUGAACCAGGUGUGCGCCACCCACCAGCACUUCGAGAGCAGGAUGAGCCGGUGCUCGCGCUUCCUCAACGACACCACCCUGCCGCACAGCUGCUUCCGCAUCCAGCACUACGCCGGCAAGGUGCUGUACCAGGUGGAAGGAUUUGUGGACAAAAACAAUGACCUCCUCUACCGAGACCUGUCCCAGGCCAUGUGGAAGGCCGGCCACACCCUCAUCAAGGCCCUGUUCCCCGAGGGGAACCCCGCCAAGAUCAACCUGAAGAGGCCCCCGACAGCCGGCUCGCAGUUCAAGGCGUCCGUGGCCACGCUGAUGAGAAACCUGCAGACCAAGAACCCCAACUACAUCCGGUGCAUCAAACCCAAUGACAAGAAAGCAGCCCACAUCUUCAGCGAGGCCCUGGUGUGCCACCAGAUCCGCUACCUGGGCCUCCUGGAGAACGUGCGCGUGCGCAGGGCCGGCUACGCCUUCAGGCAGGCCUACGAGCCGUGCCUGGAGCGGUACAAGAUGCUGUGCAAGCAGACGUGGCCUCACUGGAGGGGGCCGGCCAGGGCUGGUGUGGAGGUCCUGUUUAAUGAAUUGGAGAUUCCUGUGGAAGAAUAUUCCUUCGGUCGAUCGAAGAUAUUCAUCCGGAACCCGAGAACGCUCUUCAAGCUGGAGGACCUGCGGAAGCAGCGGCUGGAGGACCUGGCCACGCUCAUCCAGAAGAUUUGCACCAAGAGCGACAUACUCUUCCCCGUCGUAAUACUAAUAAAUAAUACAAUAAACAACACGGGAAGGCGCCGUCCCGUGCACGCAGGACUGCACCCCUGCUUCUGCCCGCCCCGUGUGAGCUCACCUCUCCCCUUCCUCCCGCAGCAACGGAAGCGGUACCAGCAGACAAAGCGCUCGGCUCUGGUGAUCCAGUCUUACAUCCGGGGCUGGAAGGCCCGAAAGAUCCUGCGGGAGCUGAAGCACCAGAAGCGCUGCGAGGAGGCCGCCACCACCAUCGCGGCGUACUGGCACGGGACGCAGGCGCGGCGGGAGCUGAGCCGGCUGAAGGAGGAGGCUAGGAAUAAACACGCUAUUGCAGUGAUUUGGGCUUUCUGGCUUGGAUCGAAGGCUCGGAGGGAGUUGAAACGCUUGAAGGAGGAGGCUAGGCGCAGGCAUGCGGUCGCUGUCAUUUGGGCUUACUGGCUUGGACUGAAGGUGCGCCGGGAGUACAGGAAGUUCUUCAGAGCCAACGCCGGGAAGAAAAUCUACGAGUUCACGAUUCAGAGAAUUGUGCAAAAAUACUUCCUGGAAAUGAAAAGCAAGAUGCCCUCCUUGUCGCCGAUAGACAAGAACUGGCCGCCAAGGCCCUACCUGUUCCUGGAUUCCACGCACAAGGAGCUGAGGAGGAUCUUCCACCUGUGGCGGUGUAAAAAGUACAGGGACCAGUUCACAGACCAGCAGAAGCUCAUCUACGAGGAGAAGCUAGAAGCCAGUGAACUCUUCAAAGACAAGAAGGCUUUGUACCCGUCGAGUGUUGGCCAGCCAUUCCAAGGCGCUUACCUGGAGAUCAACAAGAACCCCAAGUACAAGAAACUCAAAGACGCCAUUGAGGAAAAGAUCAUCAUCGCGGAGGUUGUCAACAAAAUCAACCGUGCGAACGGGAAGAGCACCUCCCGGAUUUUCCUCUUAACAAACAACAACCUCCUCCUUGCGGAUCAGAAGUCUGGCCAGAUCAAGUCGGAGGUCCCCCUGGUGGAUGUGACCAAAGUGUCCAUGAGCUCGCAGAACGAUGGCUUCUUCGCCAUCCACCUCAAGGCGGGCUCGGAGGCGGCCAGCAAAGGGGACUUCCUCUUCAGCAGCGACCACCUGAUCGAGAUGGCCACCAAGCUGUACCGGACGACGCUCAGCCAGACGCGGCAGAAGCUCAACAUCGAGAUUUCCGAUGAGUUCCUGGUGCAGUUCCGGCAGGACAAGGUGUGCGUGAAGUUC